GAGAGAGGUGGGGGGAGGACUGGUCUGCUUGGAUAUCCUUUUUCCAUCUGGGACCCAUCUGUGUUUCCUUGGCUUUGGACGAGCGGCUCGGGCUGCACUGGGACUCACAUAUGUGGGAACGCAAACACAUGCCUGACAUAUGAAGGCGUGGAGAGAGGAGAGAGAGAAAGCAGGAAGGAGACAAACACGUUACAGUCUAAAAGAGAGAGGCAAACGACCGAGCUACAACAGGGAGGAGACAGCGCAGAGAAGACGAGCCCUGCCAUGCCCGGUUCUCCUGUGGAUGUGAAAGCUCACGCCAGGUCUGUUCCCUCCGCCAUGCCGCCCCUGCCCUCCGUCAACCCCAGCGGUCCGCGCCCCGCCUCCUUCUCCUCCACCUCACUGACCAACGGGAUCAAUCAUUCUCCUCCUACCCUGAACGCAGUGCCCUCGCCCCCUCAGCGCUAUAGCAACGGGCCUUCCUCUUCUUCCUCCUCCUCGCUGGCCAACCAGCAGCUCCCGGCGACCUGCGGAGCCCGGCAGCUCAGCAAGCUGAAGCGCUUCCUGACCACGCUGCAGCAGUUUGGCAACGACAUCUCCCCGGAGAUUGGAGAGAGCGUGCGCAGCCUGGUUCUGGCCCUGGUGAACUCUACGGUCACCAUCGAGGAGUUCCACGGCAGGCUUCAGGAGGCGACCAACUUCCCUCUGAGACCGUUCGUCAUCCCGUUCCUAAAGGCCAACCUGCCCCUCCUGCAGAGGGAGCUCCUGCACUGUGCCCGCGCUGCCAAGCAGACGCCCGCGCAGUACCUGUCCCAGCACGAACACCUGCUGCUCAGCACCGCGCUGGCGUCCCCGCCCGACUCCUCCGAGCUGCUGCUGGAGCCCGCAGACAGCGCCAAGAGGCCCAGCCCCACCAGGGGGAAAGAGAACGGCUUUCACGAUCGCCUCCCCGGUCCUCUGGAGCCCCCCGCCAAGCGCAUCUGCACCAUCAGCCCAGCGCCCCGCCACAGCCCAGCCCACCCCCUGCCUCUGAGCGCCCAGCUGCACCCCACGCCUCCGCCCCUCCAGCACUACGCCCUGGAAGACAUCGCCGUGCCCCACCUGUACCGCGAGCCCCAGCGAAUCCUGGAGCUCCGCGACCUCAAGGACCGCCCCCGUCUCCCGGGCACCAACGGGGGCUACAACGAGGACCCGGUGGACCACCGGCUGACGGAGAGAGAAUGGGCGGACGAGUGGCGCCAUCUGGAUCAUGUGCUGAACUGCAUUGUGGACAUGGUGGAAAAGACCAGGCGCUCCAUCAACGUGCUCCGUCGCUGCCAGGAGUCAGACAGGGAGGAGCUGAACUACUGGAGGAGGCGCUCCAGUGAGGAGGAGACCAGGAAGAGCGCCCCACCCUUUUCCAAGAGCCACAGCCCCCGCACGGGGGAGAGCGGAAACUCCGAUACCCAGAGAGAGUUUGCUCCUCGGCCAGGUUCUGCCUACGUGCCGGACGAGAUCUGGAGGAAAGCCGAGGAGGCAGUGAACGAGGUGAAGAGGCAGGCCAUGGACGAGGUUCAGAAGGCGGUGGCUGAGGCCGAGCAGAAGGCCUUCGAGAUGAUCGCGGCCGAGAGGGCCAAGAUGGAGAAGACCCUGGCAGAGACCAAGAGGAAGGCCACGGAGGACGCCAUCCUGGUCAUCAACGAGCAGGAGGACUCCAGCGAGUGCUGCUGGAACUGCGGGCGCAAGGCCAGCGAGACGUGCAGCGGCUGCAACGCCGCCCGUUACUGCGGCUCCUUCUGCCAGCACAAGGACUGGGAGCGCCACCACCUCAUCUGCAGCCCCGGGCUCCAGGCCCAACCCAAGCCCCUGUCCGCCAUCACCGCCCGAGGGCUGGGCAAGGCCCCGGAGAGCGCCCCGCCGUCCGGCCCCGGGGCCGACAAGACCGCCCGCACCUCCAGGUCUCCCACGCCCGCCCCCGCCCCCUCCACAGAGACCAACGGACACUGAGCGUCCCUGGGAGCCGCCCGCGGGCGAGGACGUUUGAACGGCGGGUCACAUUCGCGGGUGGAGGACGGCCUGGAGGUUGGGUGUGGGCUUAGGUUGGAGGGACUUGGAGCUGGUUUGUUUCGUGUAAAUGAGCAAAGUGGCCCAUCCUCUUUUGAGACCGAGAGACUCAAACGUGUACUGUACACUCCGGUGGACAAACAGGACUUUUCCCCCAAAGGGACGGCCAUUUUGUCUCCCUUCUUGGUACCCUAUAGAACAGCUGGGAUUGCUGGCAGAGCAAAUGACAGGCCAAAAAUCAAAUCAAGGUUUGUUUGAUAAUCUAUUCUGAACCCUAUAUGAAAGUUUGUCACAGGUGCUGAUGGUUAUAAUCUGAUUUGGCUCAGAAUGUAGGUUCCAGUACUAAUUGCAUAUACCCUCCAGUUUUUUAUUGAUCAUCUUGUGUAUAUAGAGCUGAGAGAAGAGUUAUUUGAUGCUGCCCUUGUAAUCGUAACCAUUCUUUGACCACGCAUCAAGCAAUUGAAUUGUGUAGUUGUUUCCUAAGAUAAUGUGUGUUUGCCUGUUGUUCAUAUUAUAUGCUCACAAUCUUCUUUGGUUACAUCCCUUUCCUUGGUGGGUUUGUCUGUAGGGAAGGUCUAAAGUUCAUGCUGUUCACUGGAGGCAGACAUUUUAACGCUUCUCUGUUUGGGAGAGCAAUGCCGAAAGCAUUCAGCAAUGGCAAGACAUUGAGUAUGACACCAAAGUUUUUCUGUCAGUAGCUAAGUGUCACUAUAUCUGCACGUUAACACACACCGAAGAAAUAUCUAUUGGUUUCACAAGUUGUUGCCACCUGUAUUUUCUGCUGUGUGAGAUCUUCUAGUGAGUACUUGCCACCUAACCGACUUACUCGGACUUACCGAUUUGAUGUCCGGGUUAGCUGUACUGGGCAAUAGGACACCGGGUGUGGAAAGUCACGUGGAUGAAGCCUUUGAAUAUAUGAUACAUUCCCACAUGCACACAGUAAUAUUUAAUUAACGCAAAGCACAAAGGACAACAGACACAACGCUACAGUUUCAAUGUACAGCCUCGGCGUUCACGUUAUCUCCUUUUGUACGUCUCACAAUGCUUAAAAUCUCAGGAGUAUAUUGUACAUUUAUUUGUUUAUGUCAUCAUUAAAUACAAUUUGAAAAAUGUGCAUAUC